AAUCGGAUGGUACCAUACAGGUUACCAGUAUUCAUUUGACAUUGCGUAACUAUCGUGCGUCGAGGUUGGGUGUUGUUGAGCUCUAGCUGUGAAUAUUAUAGCCUUGACUGUGAUCUUGAUUUUUUUGUGAAAUUAUUUGUUAUUUGUUGUAGAAUUCAUAUAAGUCAGUGAAAUUUUUAUAAUUGAAAAGUGAAAUAAUUUUGGCUCAGACUUUAAAAAUCAACAGAUAUACGAAAUGGAUAUGCUGACUAAAAUUGUAACGACAAUACUUUUGGCAAUAAUUAGCGUUAAAAUGUGCCGCUCCGGAUACGCAGCUUCUAAGCUCACAGUAGCGCAACCAUAUCCUUCAUACAACAUCAUAGAGCCAGAUGGUCCUGGAACGUAUGCGUUUGGUUACGAAAUCGAUGAUGUUGCAACGGGCAACAAACAGUUCAGAAAUGAGGAAAGACUCCGAAACGGAACAGUUCAAGGAUCAUAUGGUUCAGUGUUACCUGAUGGAACGAUAUCAAUAACAAAAUAUGUGGCCGAUGAAAAUGGUUAUCGAUCAAAAAUAAUUAACAAAAAUCCACGACCGAUGACGAGCGAAAAUAUUCUAGACAAUCAUCAGCGGCCGUCGUCAUCUGCAGAAAUUUCACCAGACGUGGCAGCGAUGAUUCUGUCACAAAAAAGACCGAUCAAACCUAUUCAACCUACGAAAAUGGAGGUAAAACCUCAACCAGUAUUACCAACCCCACAGCCUUCACUAUCCAAUCACAAGAAUGUCUUUGGCUUUAAUUUUCCGAACUUUUUCGAACCACAAUCAAACCCACCGGCCUCAUCUAAACCAAUGAAUCAACCGAUUCAGACGAUCAAUGAUCGUUUCCAUUCACCCAUCUAUGAGAGUAAAACUCAGGAGAAUGCAGCGUUCUUUCAGAAUUCCAAACUGCACAAGUUCUUCCACAGUCCACAUUAUAUUCAGAAUAUUUAUGGUAAAUACGUUAUGAAUCCGGAAAUUAAUGAUGAUCAAAUGGUAGAUGAUAUGUUUGUUACUGAUGAAGAACCCAUAGUCGGAAUGGCGAGUCCCUUAACGAAGGAGGCAAUUUGGUACAAGGAUCACGUAAAUAACAAAAGAGUUAGGAAUGCGAACAGCGUUUUUAUGAGAGACUAUUAAUGGGAAAUAUAAUUAACAAGACGAGGGAAAAAUUUAACUGAUCGACCAGUAAGCAACACCAAAAUU